AUGGCGAAGACCCACAGUGGUUUUAUGAAAGCUCUAGGCUUGCAAAAGAACAAGGGUUUCCCCAAAGAUCAACACUCGACUGACAGCCGCCAAUACGCUUACUACACUCUCAGACGAAAGCUGAGGGAGGUCUUGCAAGUGAACCCAGAAGCCAGGUUUAUACUGACUGGGCAUAGCUCGGGUGGGGCAACGGCUAUUCUGUUUGCUGCUGUGCUAGUGUUGCACCAGGAGGAAUGGUUAUUGGAGAGAUUGGAUGCGGUUUACACCUUUGGGCAUCCCAGGGUUGCGGACUCUAAGUUUGGGGAGUUUAUAGAGAAGAAGUUGAGCAAAUUUGACGUUAAAUAUUACAGAUAUGUUUACAACAAUGACCAUGGGCCUAGGUUACCCUAUGAUGACAGCAUCUUCUUUUUCAAGCAUUUUGGAACCUGCAUCUUUUUCAACAGACGCUAUGAAGGGAAUGUCUUGGCAGUGGAACCUGAUAAGAAUUUAUACCCUUGGCUAUGGACAUUUCCAAAGAUGAUGGAUGCAGUUUGGGAGUUUAUUAUGGUUUCAUUCUGCCUUAAAAAAAGGGUCGAGAAUACAGGGAAACCUGGCUUAUGA